AUGCUUAUAGUGGCUCUCAUUGAUUCUCGGCCAAUAACUUCGCUGUGCCCCUCUCUGCGCCUGCGCCCGGCGCUGUGCCCCCCCCCCCCACUCUGCGCCUGCGCCCGGCGCUGUGCCCCCCUCCCACCUCUGCGCCUGCGCCCGGCGCUGUGCCCCCCUCUCUGCGACUGCGCCCGGCGCUGUGCCCCCCUCUCUGCGCCUGCGCCCGGCGCUGUGCCUUUGCGAGGGCGGAGCUGCAUUCUCCUUAGCGCAGACCCGGAGAGCAUCGCGAGGGCGGAGCUGAGUUCUCUGUACAGACUUCGGAGAUCCGGGGGACACCGCGACGGCAGAACAGCAUUCUCCUCAGCACAGAUCUUGGGGGCACUGCCUCGCUUUGGGACAACUCGGGGCCGCAUCGACGUCAAAGAAGAUGGCCACGGAGACAGCAGCAUGCUCGGAGUGGUAGGAGCCGGCCAUCAGCGAGAGCUGCUCUGUGCCUGGCUGCUGGGUGCUAGAGCCUGCGGCCCACUGGCUUGCCUCACUGUGGUUGGUGGUGGCGGUGACAGAGACUGCAGCACGACCAGAGUGGUUUUUCUGGCUUUGCCCGCCCAGCUGCUCUGUGCCAGGAGGAGGAGACACCUAGAGCCUGCGACACCACGGCUUGCCUCACUGCAGGUGGGUGGCAGCAACGGAGAUUGCAGUGCUCCGGAGUGGUAAGAGAGCGGCCGCACUAGGAGGGCAGGCCAGGCAUGGUGGCUUAUACCUGUUAUCCCAACAUUUUGAGAGGCCAAGUUUGGAGAGUCAUUUGAGGCCAGGAGUUGAAGACCAGCCUGGGCAACAUAGUGAGACCUUGUCUUUAUUAAAUAAAUAAAUAAAUAAAUAAAUAAAUAGGUUGGGCACUGUGGCUCAUGUUUGUAAUCCCAGCAUUUUGGGAUGCCAAGGCAGGAGGAUUGCUUCAGCCCAGGAGUUUGAGACCAGCCUGGGCAGCAUAGCAAGACUCCAUCUCUACAAAUAAUAAAAUAUUAACCAGGUGUGGUGGUGCGCACCUGGGGUCCCAGCUACCUGGGAGACUGAGGUGGGAGGUUUGCUCGAGGCUGCAGUGAACUGUGAAUGCACCACUGCAUUCCAGCCUAGGCCACAGAACAGGACCUUGUCUAUAAAUAAAUAAAUAAGUAAAAAUAUAAAUAAAAAUAAGUAAAAAGAAAUAUAAGUAAAUAUAAAUAUAAAUACAUAUAAAUAUAAAAAUGAAUACACAA